CACUUAUCAAGCAAACUUGAUCAGGUAUUAAAUGCAGUAGAAACUAAGAAUGAGAUUAACGUGGAGACAAUGGAUAAACAGAUGUCCAUUCUCAAGCGACAGUUACAGACAGAGCGAUUACGACGCAACAAGCUAGAGUCACAACUUCGGGGACAGACACGAGCCAUCCAUCGGUACCGCCAAGUCUGUCGUAAAAAUGAAACUUACCCACCAGCCAUACGCGACUGCCAGGACGUGUAUGAGUACAUCUCCAGAAAGCAUGGAGUUUUUGAAAUACAACCUAAAAAUGGUCCAAAGAUGUCAGUGUUUUGUGAGGACGGCUGGACUGUAUUUCAGAGCAGGGAAGAUGGAUCGGUGACCUUUGACCGUGACUGGGAAGAAUACAAACAUGGGUUCGGUAAACCCUCAGCAGAGUACUGGCUUGGAAAUGAAAAUAUACACUAUGUCAGCAGACAAAAGUCUUACAAACUGAUGGUGGAGUUAGGAGAUUGGGAAGGACGGUCGGCCAAUGCUAUCUAUGACUCUUUUAAAAUAGAAAAUGAACAGGGAUUUUACCGGCUCCAUUUAGGCAAGUUUGUCACUGGUGCAGCACGCGACGGACUUCGUUUCCACGAAAGCAUAGGUCAUGGGGGAUCUGUGAAUGGCAUGGCAUUCUCUACGCGAGACAGGGACCAUGACAAAUCAAGUAGAAACUGUGCCAAGCUUUACAACGGUGGCUGGUGGUAUAAUGACUGCUUCUGGUCAAAUCUGAAUGGAGAUUAUGUGUAUAAAGGUGGCGUAUUCUCCGACAAAUUUACCUGGUUUCCAUGGAAAAUGAACCAUUACUCUCUGAAGACUUCCAAAAUGAAGCUUAAACCAACAUGAAAUAUGCCAAACCAGAUACACAAAAUUGAGAAAUCUUGAGAAAUUAUUGCUGCUUAUUUUUCGUCUCGGCCUGUCUUCUCGAAUUCCCUAAUG